AUGGCUUUGAACAAAGACGUGCACUCUGCAGCCACCCUCGUGAGUGGCUUGUCCUGCCUCCUGCGUGCUGCUUCUGAGGGCAAUUUGGGCCCAUUGCAGAGCGAGCUCCAGAGCGCCUUGGAGAUUGCCCAAGCCGACACGAAAACCGAGCCCGGCACAGAGUCGCAGGUGGCUGCCCUUCAGCUGAAGCCUGUCAAAGAGGAGCCGGGGACCACUCAGAAGCCACCGCGGUCACUGCCAUCCAGCUCCUCCUUGCAAUCCCUGGGAACUCCGACACCAACCCCAAGUGACCAGACGCGUGCCAAUCUUGAACAGGAGCUGCUCUACAAGAUGGAGCUGCUACAGGCCACCGUGAACGCGCAGCAUGCCGAGAUCACGAAGCUUCGUUCGGGCAACGGUGCUCAGGAUCCAUCGAAACAAGCGGCUGUGCAGCCCCAGAAGCCUGUGAGCAACACAGUGGAGAAGCCCGCACCGGCCUCCCAUGCGGAGGUUCUGCCGGACCCCCGCGCUGGCAGCCCCAGCAGCCGAGGCUCCGAGAAGGUCGACAGCGACAAGGAGGAGGCAGAAGUGCCCCAGGUGAUUCGUGUGGCCGACAUGACGAAGCUGCAAAAGGAACAGGUGCGAAGGAUCGUGAGCCCCAAAAAGGGGUCAGGGAACUUGGAGGUUCCGGAGAAUAUCUUCGAUAUGUGGAAGGACGUUGCCAGUGGCCGGGACAAGCUUCUGCGUAUGUGGUGCAAGGCUGGAGGUGUCAAGGCCGUGUUCAUGGAAUCUCUUACCCUCCUCUCUCGCUCGACAAGAAGCAAGAAGCUGGAGGUCAAGGGAGGCUUUUACUCCAAAGACGAUAUGAAAUCCGAACUCGGAUACAGUCAGACUCGCAUCGACAAGAUCGUGGCCUGGGCAGAGAAGAAAGGGCUUGUCAGGACCUGUGAGUAUGAUGACGAGACACUCGAGUACUGGGUGAACAUCAGAACCACGGGAACCAUGACGAAGGAGGACCUGGAGAUGCUUGAGCGCAAGCAAGAGUACUCAGGUGAAGGUGGGGACGAGCUCAACUUCAAGUCUGGUCUGGAUUUUAGCGGCUUUGACUUCUCUGACGACGACAGCUUCAUCCAUAAGAACUCCAAGGACAUGGUUGCAGCACAGAUGAAGGAGUACAUGAAGCAGGUGCUGAAGGCCAAGAGCUCGAUGGAGACUUUCGUCGAUAAGAUCAAGCCUGUAGUGGCCGGGGAUGCGAAAGCGGGGCAGUCGGUGAAGAAGAUGGAGGCUUUCCUAAAGGAGUACGAGACACUCUACGAGGAGAUGGCCGAAGCCAAAGCCGAAGGGGGCACCUCCGGUUACACUGACAAGACGGCGAAAUCUGCAUCCUUGGAGGCGGCCAACAAGUCGCUGCUCAACCGGGCUCGCAAGGCGGCGAAGAAGAACGAAGAGUGCGACGACACCGCUCCCAACAUCAGCCAGCAAGUCUUCUUGAUUGCCGUGAAGUAUGGAAAAGGUGCUGGGAAGCUCGCAAUCUUUCCCUGGAGUGAGUCUGAGUCUGACGACGAAGACAUGAAGCACAACUCGGACAUCGAUAUGGCUAGCCCUAUUUCGCAUGCUUCCACUCAGCUGCCUGAGACGCCAGCUGCAGUGGAUCGAUGCCAAAGCUCCAUCCUGGAUGCGAGGUUGAUCUCUGAAACUGCUGUGGCUUCCAAGAUUCUUUGGCACUGUGUCAAGGUGAUCAACAGAGUCCGGCAGGAACAUGGGGGGAAUGCUCUUUGUGUGUUCAAGAUUGGGCUAACUGCGCAGCCACUUCGGCGCAGGCAGAGCUAUAUGGAGCAGAAUUUCGAAUCCUUCGUGCUGUUACACAAAGUAUGCCGACCAGAUCUGCUAGGCAUGUUGGAGAUGCUAGUCCCGGCGAAGGAUCUGGUGAUUGAUGCCCAGGCCGCCAUCAAAACUGAUCCUUGCGAGGUAUUGGCUAAGAUAGCUCAGUUUCCACUGUCCAAUGCUGAUCAACCCCUCUACGACCUGCUCUUCAAAUAUGGAUUGGCAUUGCCGCUUCCGUUUAGCUGGGCGAAGGCUGGCGAGGUUCACAGAUACCCCUAUCUUAACCCGAAGGAACAGCUCGAGGUUCUAAGCGAGAACUACUUCCAUCGGGUGCUGGGGGUGCCUGUUUCCUUGGCGGAGCAGGCAUUUGCACAGUUUUGGGCAAAGUUUCGCUCCAUCCACCCGAACCAUGAUCUAUUUCGGAAUCAUGCUGAUAUCAAUUUUUCCAAGCUCAUCCCCUACUAUUUGCACGGGGAUGGUGGCCGUGGCUUCAAGAAGGAUCCUAUCGAGAUUGUGUCAAUGUUUCCAGCACUUGGAUCCGGGUCAAGGUCGAGACAGGUAGACUUGAGUUCAAAGCGCAAAGCUGAAGGCCCCAUCGAGUUGGGCAUCAAUCUGACAGGAAAUUCUGGGGCGACUCGUUUUUUGUUUACUGUGCUGAGCAGCUUGGUGAGCAAAAAUGAUUCGAGAAUCUUCGACGACCUCAUGGCCAUUUGGGGACGAUCGCUGAAAUCUUUGUUCGAGGAUGGGUUCCAAGCUCAUGGUUCUACCUGGCGUGUCAUGAUUUUGGGCUUUGCUGGCGAUUCCCCUUUUGUCAAGAAGGUCGGAAAGCUGACCCGUUCGUUCAACAAUGUCCGAAAAGCCCACACGUCUGUAAAACCCCAGAAAGGAUGUUGUUGGCUUUGUCACGCAGGCUACGAGCUGCCCGCAGACGAUGUUUACAUUCCUUUUGAGCACAUGGGCUACACCUCCCCCAAAUGGUUGGCAACCACAAAGCUCAAUAAUCCCGAGCCCUGGCUUCGAGAUGCUGGCGCACUUCUGCCAUGCAUGUUACUUGACAGGGAUGACACUCCGGCAGCUUUUUGGCGGGCUGACUUCUUCCAUGUUUUUCACGCAGGCGUCGCCAAAGACUUUGUCAGCUCUGCUUUGAUUUUUUCACUCAAGGCUCUGUUCGGCCGUGGAUCGGUUGCGAAGGACAUGGACGAGCUUAAUGCAAGGCUCAAGGUCUGGAUGAAGACCGAAAAAAGGCGACUGCACUGCGGCGGACAUCUUACCGAGGAUCUUCUAGGCUACAGCAGUACGAGGGAGUUCCCAGAGGGGAGAUGGUCCAAAAAUAUGGAUUCCGCUACACUGAUGGGCUUCGUCGUCUACCUUUUGCAGCGAGAUGAGUUCAAAAGCAAAGUCGAACAGGACAGUGUGUUGAAACAAAUCUUGUCCAGUGCAAUCGCAAUGGGCAGAGUGGUACGAAUUGCUUUGGGCGCCGAGUUUUUCAUGUCAAGUGAGGAUUGUGAAAUUCUUGCGGAGUCUGGUCACGAGUUUUUGCUUGGCUACGCUGACCUGGUGGCCCAGUGCCACGCGCGAGAAUUGUGCCUUUUCAAGCUUCGCCCCAAAGUUCACUACCUCAAUCAUAUUUUCCUUCGGGUCUACCAAGAAUGGUUGUCGACAGGUACUGCUACGAACCCUUUGGCUGAGGCCACUUUUAUGUCGGAGGACUUCGUCGGCCGUACAGCAAGACUCAGCAGGAAGAUCAGCACCAGAGCGGUUGCUACAAAGACUCUUCAAAGGUAUCUCUUAUUUAUGAAGACGUGCUUAGACAAGGAUACCUUUACAACGAUGGACUUCUCAUGGCUGGAUUGA